AUCAGCCUGAUAACAGGCUGCAGGCGCUUGUUCUCUUCAUGACUGCAGAGGGACCUGGUCACGCGUGGACGUCUGCGUUUGAAAUCAUUUGUCUUCUUGCGUUGUCAUCAUGCGCUGGCUGCUGGCUGGAUGUUGUGCGUUCGCUGUGAUCGGUCUCUCAGAGGCCCUGAGCAUUACCCAGAGGCCCCGGUUCUACGGUGUACAAGCUGGCCGCCGCGUGGUCUUUUACUGUACCUCAAAGCCACCUCUGCAAGCCACCUUCCGUUGGGCCAAGGCCGAUGUGUACGAUAGGACCAAAGUCGAAGUGGUAGAGGGAGAAAGGAUUCGUUUUCAUGUCCUGGAUAAGGCAGAAAAAAACUCCUUUCUCAACAUCAGUCGUGUGCAAGUAGAGGACAGCGGGGUGUACUUCUGCGAGAUGAACGGCACGUGGGGGCCCGGAACUCAACUUAUAGUCCUCAAGACCACAGACCUUUCCCAGGCAGCGAGCAUAACCAAGAUGAAGGACACUCUCAUCUUCCUCCAGGGCCUCCUGCUGGCUGCGACUGUCACUGCCAUCCUGCUGCGAGGAAGAACAUUGUCAGAAAAGAGGGAAAUCAUAUAUGAGGAGCCUGAGACUGAUCACAUCUAUGAGGGUCUGGAGAUCGAGAGGUGUGACGGAGGACUGUAUGAGGAGCUGUCGGUGUACGCCCAGGCUGACGAUGCUGAGGCCCCAUGGGAGUGAGCUGAUCCUCGAUCAGUUUCACAACAAGUUCUGAUCACACAUUCAUGGUUAUUGAUGGUGAAGUGACAACAACUUUAUUGUGAACACCACACUCAAGAAUGCCUUGAGGGAAUUUCUUUAAAUUUGGUGCAGAUGUUCAGUUGUAGAACGGCCUGAUUCGAAUUUGGUGGUCAAAAGGUCAAAGGUCACCUCAUAUUAUUGUGAGUGCAAUAUAUCAGGAACAGCUGAACAGAAUGGAGCGGCACUGAUUGGGGGAGGUUUUUGUGUGUUUUUUUUUUU